CAGAGCCAAGGCGUCGCAGAGUUGUUAACGCUUUACAACGCUUGGAGAGCAGAACAUGACGGAGCACAUCUUCGGUUAUCGUGGGAUGUGCAUGUGAAGGGAAAAAAAAAACACAUUUGCGUACUUUGAUAUCAUUCCUUCAGACCGGGAACUUUAAACUCAUCCAAAUUCGGAAAGGCGACAGAGGACUUGUAUCGCUCAUCGUCCCGGUAAAGAAGGAGAGUGGACAUUUUAUUUUUAAAUUCCCACCCGUGUGAUAUCGUGUCAGUGACCGGGGCAAGCAGAGACCUGCCGGAGAAAAGAAGUUCACCCUCACUGCGGAGAGACUCGCUUCCGCGCACUGAUGGACUGUGCGCGGCGUCAAUUGGAAUAGCUUCUUUUCCAUCACUUUUUUUCCUCCAAGGUAUCGCAGACCACCAUGUUGCCCCGGGUCAUUUUCAUCAGCUUGUUUUUAAAAGCGGCCCAGUCUCAGGACUCGCACCCCUUGCAACCUUCCACCUCCAUCAGCGAGUCUUGCGAUUCCUUGUGCUCUUGCGAGGCCAAGGACGGCAUUUUCUACAUGAACUGCGAGCAGAGAAACAUCAGCUCAAUCUCUCAAAUAAAAGUUCUAUUAAACGUGCCCUUCCAUUUGAACCUUUACAAAAACGACUUAGUCGAGCUUCGCGCCGAAGAAAUGGAAGCGCUGAAGAACGCCCUUUCCAUACACGUCGGGGGCAACAGCCUACAAGAGCUAGAACCGGGGGUCUUUAGCGCUCUGGGUUCGCUGAAAAAACUCCACAUCAAUCGAAAUUUCCUCGUCACGCUCAAGGAGGACACCUUUCAAGGCUUGGGGAAUUUGGAGUUCCUCCAAGCGGACACCAAUUUUAUCCGGGUCAUCGAACCGGGGGCUUUCAACAAACUGAUCCGCCUAAAGGUCCUGAUCCUUAAUGACAAUUCCAUCGAGUUUUUACCAAAUAACAUUUUUCGUUUCGUGCCUCUCACCCACCUGGACCUUCGCGGCAAUAAGCUCCAGACGCUGCCUUACGUGGGCUUUUUAGAACACAUCGGACGGAUUAUGGAACUACUCUUAGAGGACAACGACUGGGUGUGCGACUGUGACAUUUUGCAUUUGAAAAUAUGGAUGGAAAAUAUGAGAGGGCAGUCGGCCAUUGGCGAAGUGGUUUGCAGCGCGCCGCACAAUUUCAAGGGGACCAUCUUAGCUAAAGUCAAGCGGGAAGUUCUCUGCCCGUCCCAUGCCGACAUCAACUUAGAAGAGCCUUCCAAGUCACUGGAUAUGGUUGUGACGCCGUCAUCCAAGGGAGCCCAGAUUCCCAAGUUGACCGACGCCAAAGACGACGCCAAGCAACCCACGCCGUCUCACGUUCCGGGUAGUCCUUGUGUAGAACAUUGUUCCUGUCACAAUUACCCCGCGGCGGGGUUUUUGAUGCAUUGUCAAGACCGAGGAAUUCAAAAGGUUUCAGAUAUCGGAGUGGCUCCGCAAAGCCCGACUAAAUUGGUCAUGACGGGAAAUAUGAUUCAGAAGCUCUACAGGUAUGAUUUUGUUACAUACGACGGCUUGGAAUUGCUCAAUUUAGCCAACAAUAGGAUCGAAUACAUCGACAACGAGACUUUUCUCAGCCUUAGCAGCUUGAAGAAACUGCAUCUGAAUGGUAACCGGAUUGAAAAACUGCACUCCACCAUGUUUGUGGGUCUUCACAAUCUGGAGUACUUGUAUCUGGAAUAUAACCUCAUCAAGGACAUUGCUCCAGGCGCUUUUAAUCCCCUGCCGAACCUUAAUCUGUUGUCAUUAAACAACAACAUGCUCAGCUCCCUUCCCGCGCAGAUAUUCCGCAACGCGCCUCUCACCAAAUUGAAUCUGAGGAAAAAUCUGUUUAUGCACCUGCCGGUGAGCAACGUGCUAGAUCAACUCGACUCAUUAGAGCAGAUUUAUUUAGAGGACAACCCUUGGGACUGCAGCUGUGACUUGUUUAGCCUGAAACAGUGGGUGGAAAAACUGAGGAAAGACACUGUGGUGGGCUCUAUUUUGUGUCACACGCCUAAAAAAGCCACGCAGUCCGAUCUUAGGAGCCUUCGUCACGAAGCGCUGUGCGCCGGUUUGGGUACGAACUCUUUGCUUCCGGAUGGAGAGGAAAGCGCGACUGCCACGCUGGGCCCUGACGGCGCCGGCAAAGGCCUGCUCAGCUCUCUCACCGACACCGUUCCGCUCUCUGUGCUGAUCCUGAGCCUUCUGGUUUUAGUCCUGAUGAUAAUCUUCUGCUCGGCCGGGCUGGUUGUUUUCGUGGUGCACAGACGGCGUCGCAGAGCGAAAAGAAAAGUGGCAGGCGAUCACCCGAGAGAAACUAGCACCAGCAGCCCCAUUCAUUUACAUUACAGCAUGUACGGGCAGAAAACCACGCACCACACGCUGACCCAAAGGCCCGGCUCGUCCACGUUGUACGAGGAAAGAUCGCACAGCCCCGUGGUGCAGAUAUGUCGCAACCCCACUUACUGCUCUCAGCACAAAGACCACGAUAGCGAUCUGGAUUACGGCCUGGACCAAUCCGGCUCGAAGAACCACGUCUGCCGGAGUAUCAUGGAGAAAGAGAACACCUCCCCGCUUACGGGAAACCCGAAGUUGAAAGCGGCGGCCGGGGAAUGCCCCGCCGAGUUUGUUACGCUCGGAGACCCCAACUCCUUGUAUAGGAAUAUUCUGGAGCGGGAGAAGGAACUGCAGCAGCUGGGAAUAACGGAGUACCUGAGAAAAAACAUGGCCCAUCUUCAGCCUGCUGUCGAAAGGCAGGUCCCGGGGCACCAGGAGGAGUUAAAGUUAAUGGAGACAAUUAUGUACUCCCGGCCGCGCAAGGUCAUGCUCGAGCAAACUAAGAAUGAGUACUUUGAACUCAAGGCCAAUUUGCAUAGCGAGCCAGACUACUUGGAGAUUGUAGAGCAUCCACCGGCAUAUAACUGAGCCCCAGCAGGAAUAGAAAGCGCCCGAGCAAGUGCCUUGCCCUCUUCUACUUUCCGCAGUGUGAAAUAUCUGUUCACUGUGAGUCAAAUUGUAGCACAGAAUGUAAAUGGUUAGCUUUUGACAGCCAUACAAUGUAGCUAAGUGGAAGGUGUACAACGGUACCUCAAGAUAGGAAAUUCAUUCGGACCAGAGUGGCUUUCGUAUUGUGAUUUUUUCCCCCCCCCUACAAUGAAUCUCUUUUUACAUGUGAAUCUCCUAUUUUAUUCCAAGCACAACUAAAACACAACAUUCAAUUUUAUACUAAGGGUAAAACCAGAUUGAAAUAAGAGUCAUAUACAUUUGGAUCAGUGUUGUUUUUGGCAGCCAUUUUAAUUUUACUCUUAGUCUUUUGGAUCAAAAUGCUUUCAAAAUGUGUUAGUUUUAGUCUAGUUUUAGUUGACGAAAACUUCUUGGAAUCUUGGGGAACCUAACGAUUCGAUUACGAUUCAGAGGCUACGAUUCGUUUAUAAAUUGAUUAUUGAUGCACCAAAUCAAACCCCCCGUGUUUAAUGUUUUGUACAUUAGUUCCAAAAUUGUUCAAAAAUCCUCUCAGUCUAAACCAAACUACUAUUUCAGUACUAUUUCAGUAUCAAAACCAGAUUGAAAUAAUAGUCAUAUACAUUUGAAUCAGUGUUGUUUUUGGCAGCCAUUUUAAUUUUACUCUUAGUCGUUUGGAUCAAAAUGCUUUCAAAAUGUGUUAGUUUUAGUCUAGUUUUAGUUGACGAAAACUCCGAAAAUUUCGGACUAGUAUUGGCUGACGAUAGAGGUGAGAAUCUUGGGGAACCUAACGAUUCGAUUACGAUUCAGAGGCUACGAUUCGUUUAUAAAUCAUUAUUGAUGCACCAAAUCAAACCCCCCGUGUCUAAUGUUUCGUACAUUUGUUCCAAAAUUGUUCAAAAAUCCUCUGUCUAAACCAAACUACUAUUUCAGUAUCAAGUUAACAGUUCAAAACAGUAUAUGAAAUACUCAAGUCCCCAUUCUGUGUCAGCAGCUUUAAUAAACUACAUUCAAUUAAUUUAAUGUUGUGAAUCAACCGUUAAAGUUGUUAAAAUUGCUCCCGCCUAGGUUCCCUUCUGUCUUACUUUCGACAUGUGAAAGUUUUAAAACUGUUUCAUCAGAAAGAUAGAUUCAAGUCCAGAUUUUGCCGAUUUAGGAGUAUUUUAGAUAAACAGUUACUCAGGUUCGCUAGGAAGGU